AUGCCAUUGCCUGGAGAUUAUACUCCGCACUCACUCACGCUGCCAUUGCCUCCCGCACUGGGUGGGCAGGAGGACGCGGUGCUGCUGCGCCACGCGCUGCAGUGCGGCACGAAGCAGUGGGGCGAGCUGGGGAGGAGCGGUCAGCUCAAGAGGAACAACAAGUCGUGCUGUAACCGUUACAUCUUCCUCCGGAGGAAGUUCACAGACCGCUUUCGCCAAAACUUCCUGCAAAAGCACCUGGGAGCUGCUGCACAACCCCAGAAUAUUACGUUCAACCGACACAGUCAGCCACUGCUCUGCCAGGAUGUAAAGCACCACCAGCAGCAGCAGCGCUCGGAGGGCGUGGGAGCAGCAGCCCUGGCGUUCGGAGGGCUGUCGUAUGAGGAGUGCGUGACGGUGUUCCUCGCCCCCCACGCUCGCUGCUGCCUCCCACCCGCCCCGCCCAACCUCUCAUCCCUCGCCACCCCUCCUCCUGCUUCCCAGGCUCCUCCUGCUGUUUCCCAAGGCGCCACCUUCUCUGCUGUGGCUGAUUGUACCUACGAGUUUCCCUUCGCCCAGGAUGCUUUUCCCGUUGCUGCUUCCUCUAACACCGCUGCUCUGUGUCGGGCAGUGAAGCGACCAAGAGACGAUUGCCCUGAGGUGGGGGCACAAAAACCGCUGCUGGGACGCGACAGCCAGUUGCUGCAAGGUGGGGUGGUGCGAGGCGGGACAGUGCGAGGAGGGAUGGUGCAAGGUGGGAUGGUGUGUGGCACAGAAAGCCGGCGUCAGUUGGUGGCAGAGCAGUUCCAGCAGCAGGGGGCGAGCAGCUGCGUGCAGGCAGGUGAAGCAGCCCUUCUGGAGGCUCUGCUGCAGGAGGAGCAUCGGCAGCUGCAGCAGGGAGGAGCGAAGAGCAGGGUGCAGCAGGUGGACCGGCCCCGCGUUGGUUCGGAGAGUGCCCUUCCAGACGACGUGCUGCUGGGAUUCAGCAGCGACGAACCUGCCUUCACGCAACGUGCUCCUCCGUCCACCCAGCCACUAGCAGCGCUGCCAGCGCCAAUGGCCUCCCCACUCGUUGCUCUGCGUGGCUCCGCGCUCUGCAUUGGGGAUUCCACCUCCUGCUGUGGGGAUGCAGCUCGGUGCAGUGGGGAUUUCGCAGUGCAUCCAAUGGACCGGCCCCACGUUGGGUCGGAGAGUGCUCUUCCAGACGACGUGCUGCUGGGGUGCAGCAGCGACGGACCUGCCUUCAUGCAAUGCGCUGCUCUCUCUGCUCCUCCACCCACCCAGCCACAUGCAGUACUGCCAGCGCCGAUGGCCCCCGUCCUCGCUGCUCUGCUUGGCUCCGCUGCUUGCAGCACGAGCAGCUGCAUCACAGGGUCGCUUGCUGGGAGUACGUGUGGCAGAGAGGAGCAGGAAUACAUGGACGCAUGCGUCAACAUGCUUGGCAACAGACACAACACCGACAACAGACACCGUACCAACAACAGACACCAUACCGACAACAGACACCAUACCGACAAUAGACACCAUACCGACAACAGACACAACACCGACGACAGACACAACCCGGACAACAGACACAACACGGACGAAAAUGAUAGCGAAGACCACAGUGACAACGAUGCUCUCUUUCUCAACACGCCUUUGGCUCACGUUCUGCUCACAGGCAGUGCCCUCACCGUGCCCUUGGCCACUGUGCCUCAGGCUGAGCGACCAGCAGCCCCUGGCGCUGCUGGGACAGCCGAGCCAGAGUGGGUGGUGGAACAGGGAGGGACCAGGGAGGAAGGUCACCCGCACAGGCAGGAGUGCUUUCUCACCCAAGAGGCUGCUCUUGAGCAGCGGACUGCUUGUCAGGGUCUAGAGCUUGAACGCAUGCUCUCGCUGCCAACGCACCAGGCACAGCUGCAGUUACAGUCACAGCCACUGCCACUGCCACUGCCACUGCCACAGCCGCAGCUGCAGCCACUGCCGCAACAAGUGCCUCUGCCACAGCCACAAAAGCCCUGGAUAGCAGUACUUUCUCAACAUCCAGUGGCCUCUGUCGUCACCAGUGCACUGCACACACCCACUAACCCCACGGGCACGCACAUGCAAGCUCCCAUACGGGCACGCCCGGCCAUGCUGCAGCAGCGCUUCUCCACUGGUGGUGCUUUACCAGCUCUCUGCCAACCCCUUGCUGCCUCCUUGGCCCAUCAUGGCCGUUACUCUGGGAGGUGA